CUGUGACUUGCUUGUGACCCUGGGCAGCAGCAGUACAGCCAGCCAGGUAGAGAAGUUGCCCUGCACCAGCGGCCAUUACCUAGGAGCGAGCUGACUGAGGGGCGGUCCCUUUCAUAAUCAGGGCUUCGUCGUUCUAAGACCUGUAGGUUGCUGCCACAGAAACGUCUGAUAAAGGAAGCAGGAAGGGAGGGGGUUUUGAACGCUUGGCAGCGGUGCGGCAAUCUUCUGAUUGGUGCACUCUUUGAGAUAGUGAGCUGACAGGGAAGCCAGAGUUGCACUGAUUCAGAGGGGCCCAGGGACUGCGGUCAGCAUGGGGAAGGGGGGAGACAGCAGGAAGGUGACGGAGCUCCCGCCAAAAAUGGAAGAGGUAGCGGGGGCCAAGUCAGCGAAGGGGAUGCAGACUGACUUCAUAUGGGUGGAAACGGAUGAGCCCCACGCAACGAGGCGGAAACAGAUCUUGGCGGCGCAUCCGGAGGUGCGGGAGCUGUUUGGACCUGACGAGUAUGCGGUCUAUAAGGUUACGGCAGUCGUGCUCGGCCAGCUGGCGCUCGCGUACCUCAUGCGCGACGCCCCAUGGUGGUUCCUUGUCCCGUUCGCGUACGCCGUCGGCGCGUGGUUCAACCACAACCUCUUCCUCGCGAUCCACGAGCUCUCCCACAACCUCGCGUUCCAAACCCCGCUCUACAACAAGCUCCUCGGGCUGUUUGCCAACAUUCCGAUCGGCAUCCCGAUGUCGGUGACGUUCCAGAAGUACCACCUGGAGCAUCACCGGUACCAGGGGAUCGAGGGCGUCGACAUGGACGUGCCGACGUAUGCCGAGGGGCAUUACGUCACCAACACGCUGUCCAAGCUCGUGUGGGUGAUCCUCCAGCUGUUCUUCUACGCGAUCCGCCCCGUGUUCGUUAACCCGAAACCGGUGGGGGUUUGGGAGCUGAGCAACCUCGCGAUCAACGUCGUGGCUGAUUUGGCGAUGCUCUACUUCUGGGGGUUCAAGCCGAUCGCGUAUCUGCUUCUGGCCUCGUUUCUGGGGGGUGGGCUCCACCCGGCGGCGGGGCACUUCAUUGCGGAGCACUACGUGUUCCUGCAAGGGCAGGAGACGUAUUCGUACUACGGCCCGCUGAACUUUCUGCUGUGGCACGUCGGCUUCCACAACGAGCACCACGACUUCCCGCGCAUUCCCGGGUCGCGGUUGCACAAGCUCAAGGCGAUGGCGCCCGAGUUCUACGACAACCUGGCGUUCCACACGUCGUGGUCGCGGGUUAUCUAUAACUACAUUACGGACCCGACGGUCGGGCCGUUCAGCAGAGUCAUGCGGAAGAGGAAGCCCACGACGAGGGCGGGGGCUGCAACAGAAGCAAGCAAAGCGCAUUAGCGGGGGAGGUUGAAAGUUAGUGCUGAUCGAAGUGGUCGUUUGCCACAGGUUGCAAUCUGAGCCGUAGAAUAGGCUGCCAUUGCAUGACCCUCCUGUGUAGCAGUAGUAAUACGCAGGAUGUAGUACCUUUGUUCGGCAAAGUAAUAAGGCUCGGUUGAUGCUUCUUUCGUAGUCGUCUGAGGUUGGCUUCUAGUCUGGCGGCCCUGUCCGGGCUGGUACGGAAUGGAGAGCAGUUUAAUGCGAAGGCAGGUACUGCAGAAGCUUUUAUAUCAAGGGUCGUUGCGCUUGCUCGCAAUUGUGGAUAAAGCGCUUGUUGCUUUUCGGAGGGUUCCUGUAUGUCUUGUGAACUUAGGCCCAGAUGCGAUACCUUUAUUCACCAGGUUUGAAGGGGGUUAGCUUCAAGCCUCUUUGCUGUAUCUGCGAGUAGAGAUUUCAAACGUCCGGUCAACUUUGUUUGAACCUAACACCAGCUUGAUUGACCGUACGCACUAGAGUUGCAUGGGAUGGAUACUGAUUGUCGUGUAUUGAUGCACAGGCUUAGACCUUUGUUGGAACGGAAUGACAGGUGGACGAUUGAUGAAGAUUAUGAGAUAUAGU